AUGCCCUCAUCAAAAGUGCGUCGCCGGACGCUCUCGCCGGCCUUUCAACUCGCCCUUCUCUUCACCUUCGAUCUCUCAUAUGCCACAAACCUCCAACUCACCUCUGUCCAACCCAUCUCCGGUUUCUCGCGCACUUGCUUCAACGCCUACUCACAAGUCCUCCCGGACUGCUCCUUCGACGACCUUCUGUCCUCCGUCGGUGGCAAGAACGGCGGCUGCUCCGUCUCUUGCGUUUCUGACCUGACUGGAGCUCAGAGCGAUAUGUUUUUGGGGAGUGUGGUACAGUUCCUAUGUGGUGACAUAGGUGCCAACCCGCCGGCGGCUGGCAGUCAGUCCAGUAGUCCACCAAGUGCAGCACCAAGCAGUAUUGCAACCCCGACUACGACGAUGAGUACUGCUGCGCCUGUGAGUUCCGAUACGACCUCGGCAACGCAGACCGUGACAGAGACUGCGAGCAGCACGAGCAGUGCAUCGCAGAGCGUGUCGAGUUCUGCUACAGAGACGCAGGCUAGCCAGACGUCGCCCACGCAAAGUGCGAGCGCGACGGCAAGUCAGGCUGCUAGUGGCAACGCUCCGGACCGCGGUGAAGAUGGCACAACGACGAACUUCAACGGUGCAGGUGGUGGCAGUCCCUUUGAUGGUGGCCCAGGAGACUUCGAUGGCGCUGCUGCUGCUGUACAACCAUCGGAAGGCGCAUCAAUGAGUCUGGUUCUGGCUUUUGCGACCAUGCUCCUGCUGCUGCGGUAG